GCAGAAUAUAAUUCUUUUGCCCUAAAUCGAUCCACAAAAAUUCCAGACCACCAAGCGACUGACCACAACUACGAGAGGCAGCUCUCCAGCGACCACUCCGGCGACUGAGCAACAACCACUCCAACGACUGAGCAGCGACCACUCCAGCGACUGAGCAGCUCCAAGAGGCACCACUGCAGAUGGACUUCAAAUCUUCCUUUUGUAUCAAGAAUUUCAUCAUACACAAACAAGAACUUCAAUCCUUAUCCUCCUCUUUCUCCUCAUCGUCAGAGCCCUAUAAUCGGAGCUCUCAAUCCUCAGUUAUACGACUAUUCGCCGACGUAUACUGAAAACCCUAAUUUCAAGAUUUCUAAGCGGUGGCACUUGGGCUAUUCUCACCACCACCACGAUGACCACCGUGAUCUCUAGUCAGGCGAGAAGAUUUUCCGGUUAGGUCUUGCCGCCGAUAUUGGAUUAGAUUUUCCAGUCAGGCGAGGAGUUUAUCUUGUUCCUUCUUUUGGUUGUUUCAUCAAUGUUGUGUCUAAGUUUUUUCUAUUCACAGGCUAUACCGUAUAACAAAGAGGGCAGGGGAAAGACAGGCAGUGGAUUGAUAGCGGUUGGUAAUAACCAUUGAUCUUUUUCAUCAACAAUUAAAAGCUGAGUUGUAGUUCAUAUUGACUAUGCAAAUCAUCAGUGCUUUGCUUACAUGAAAAAUUGGAGAAGUGUUUCUGAAUUGAAACUUGAGAGCAAGAGUGACGCCCUGCAAUUUGAGAUGUUACUAAAUGCUUAUUGUUAUACACUUUUAGCUAGGCUAAGGUGUCUUUUUUUAUGGGAGUAUUAUUAUAAAACUUAUAGUUGCAAAAUGAUUCAUAAAUUCUAACUCUUAACAUCCUUGGCAUACUUCUACUGUCAUGACACCCAUUUGUAUAUGGUUGUAAUGAGAUAUGUGGGACUGAGUUUUACAUGCUCUCUUAACAGCUCAAUUUUUAUUCAGUGAAUGUUGUGGUUCCUUUUGUAUGAAUGUACGUAGAUCCAUAUCUUUGGGCCUUUUCAAUUUCUUAUUUUCUCCUACAAUUCAUUGGCUUUCUUUUUCUUUAUGGUUGCAUUGACUUGCUUAUAUUCCAGGAUAAUCAGACUUUCUGUUGUACCCAAGAAGUCUGAACUUGAGAAAUUAUGCAUCUAGAUCGCUAAAUAUAGCUGUCAUUAUACCAUUCGUAAACAAGGUAUUUGUUGACACGGGUUAGUUUCUUUGCUUUUAUACGAUUGGAUGCUUGGUGUCUUUGUUGUUUGACAGGUUUAUCAUAUAUCUGCUGGCUGGUGCACUAUGUGGGCAUAAAUUGUGCAUUUCAAUUUAUUUAAAUUACAGCCAAGACGAAUUGGGUGUUCUUAUUGCCUUUUUUACAGUUUAGAUUUUAUUGGGUGCAUUUCAACGUUGGCGUGCUUACUCUUAUAAUUGUGUGCAUCAUGCUGCCUCUUUUUUUUUUUGGGUUCUUUAUAUGUUCCUUUAGGAGAUGUCUCUUAGUCUAUUUUAUACACCUUAUGCCUCAGCAUUUCAUGUCUUUUUUCUCCCCCUUUUUUGUUUCUCCCUCUUUUUUGUCCUCAAGAUAGGGGCUGUGAGUGAUUCUUCUCCUUGUCAUUUCACCACCAUGCCAAGCUAUUAUUGUUUUGUUUCUCUCCUCAAAAUCAUAAACUAUUCACAACCCCCUAGCCCAAGAGAAACAAAGAGGAGAAGAAAACCAAUUGCAUGGAGGAGAACAUGGGAAAAAGAAGCCAUGGAGAAGAAAUGGUGCUCUAUCUAUUGGCACUUGGCUGCUGAAAAUCUGUUACCCUUGAUAUGGGUUUCGUGAAAACUAGAUUCCUGACAUGUUUGCUUAUAAUUGAUCAAUGCAGGGAUGCAAACACCUGAGGGGGAGGAGAGUUGGCUCCUAUCUGUAUCUUGAUGUAACUAUUGAUGUUGGUUGAAUUUCUUGAUAUGUGUUUGUCGACAAAUACAUACGUGUCAUCUUGAAGUAGCUGAAGUCUUUAUACAUACAGGUCCAUCCUAAUGAUAUUGGCUGCAAAUGCAGCAAUAGGGAUAGUCACUGAAACAAAUGCUGGAAAGGCUCUUGAGGAGCCCUGCUAGGAGGAGGAAGGUUGUGUGUGGUGGUCAGUUUGAUUAUACAGAUCCUAGAUAGUGCCAUGGUUUUAUGUAGUGGUUCAUGUCCAACAUUGUGGUUCAAAUCCUGGUACUGAUGUAUUGAGCUUUGAGAUGGUAUUUCAAGACAUGGAGCUGAACUACUGGAACUGUUCAAGUUGAGGAGACAUUAAAUGUAAUUAGAGAUGGUU